ACAUCAUAUGGUGAUGUGGGCGCACUAUCUUGAAUUGCUCGUCCUUAUCUUACGCUAGUGGUGAGCCGGGUAUAAACCUGCACACCACCGUUCCUCCUUUUCUUCAACCCCACUCCUCGAAGUUGAAGUAAAGAUAAAUUUCUCUCUCUCACGUACAAAAAACACGCACUAAUUAUGCAUAUAUGUUUCUCUUUCUGAAUGUAAUUAUUGGGAUCUUGACGGUGAAAUGUUGAUUAGAAGUUCAAACAUUGUACUUCGUUCUUGGAUCAGACGGAUCUGUGAAAUCAAUUGAGAUUUUGGUGUAAAUAGAUAAUAUGGGGGGUGUGCUGACAGAGUCAUGGUUCAGUAAUAUAUGGAGGAGUUCGAGAAAGAGCAUAGCACUGGAACCUGAAAAGCAUGUGAUAGGAAUUUUAGCAUUUGAAGUCUCAAGAUUGAUGUCAAAGGUGGUUUAUUUGUGGCAAUGUGUAGAUGAUAGGCAAAUUGUUGGAUUCAGAGAAGAGGUUGUAAACUCACUUGGUAUUAGAAAGCUCGUUUCCGAUGAUGAUGAGUAUCUCAUGGAUCUUGCUCUCGCUGAGAUAUUAGAGAAUUUGGGAAGUGUGGCCAAAUCGGUGACUAUCCUGGGGAAGAAGUGUACUGAUCCAACAUAUCACAAUCUUGAGCGUGUCUUUGAGAACCCAGUUGAGAUUGAUCUCAAUUGGAGUGGUUGGCAAUAUAAGCUGAAGAAGAUGGAGAGGGAGGUUAAGAAAAUGGAAAGGUUUGUUGGCUCCACUGAGCAGUUGUUUCAAGAGCUUGAAGUGUUGGCAGAGCUUGAGCAGGGCCUGAGGCGGAUGCAGACUAGUGCUGGUUUAAACCAGGUGAAAUUGCUCGAGUAUCAGCAGAAGGUCGUGUGGCAACGUCAGGAAGUGAAGAAUCUGCGGGAGAUGUCUCCUUGGGUUAGAACGUAUGACUACAUCAUCCGCCUUUUGCUUCGAUCCAUUUUUACAAUUAUCGAGAGGAUCAAACAUGUAUAUGGGAUAAACCAUAUUGAAAAUGUAGAAGGAAUUAAUCAUUAUGAGUGCUUCCCUGAUGAUUGCCUUGCUCGUAAUAAUUCCAUCUCUGCUUUUUUACAAUUACCACUUUCUCCAUCUGAAAACAGCCUGCCUAGAUUUCCAGGUCCUUUUGGAAGGUCACUUUCAAAUCUGGGUCUGAGCCGUGAUAAGAAUAGAUCUAGGAACAAGAAGUUGCACACCCGCUCACUGUCGUCUCUCGGCUGUGGGAAACAGCAACAAACAAAAUCAAGACGUUUUGAUCCUGUUGGACCUUUCAAAGGAUGCAUGACUGGUGGAAGUGAUUCACCUGUUUUACAGAGCUACACACCAUCGAGCAGUGGCUCUUUGAGAUCAAAUUGUGCUUCUCAGAGAUAUGCUGAUGAAACGAAAGACACCAAUGCAGUUCCUAUUGAACACCGUAGCAUAACAUCCAGUAAAGUAUCUUUCUUCAAUUACAAGCGACAGCUGUUAAAUGCUCCUCCUCCUACUCUAGGCUAUGCUGCUUUAGCUCUCCAUUAUGCAAAUAUCAUCAUAUUAAUUGAGAAGCUUGCUUCAUCUCCUCACUUAAUCAGCCUUGAUGCUAGAGAUGACCUUUACAAUAUGUUACCUGCAAGUAUCCGAAGCUGUCUCAGGGCAAAGUUAAAGGUAUUUUCCAAAUCUUUGGCUUCACGUGUUUAUGAUGCUGCCUUUGCAGCAAACUGGAGCUUCGCAGUGUCUAGAAUACUCGAAUGGUUGUCUCCACUUGCUCACAGCAUGAUAAGAUGGCAUUCUGAGAGAAACUUUGAGAGGCAGCAAAUGGUUUCCAGGACAAAUGUGCUCCUUGUCCAAACCCUUUACUUUGCAAAUCAAGAAGAGACUGAAGCAGCAAUUGUGGAACUUCUCAUGGGCCUAAACUACCUCUCGAGAUUUGCUCAGGAAAUUACUGAAAAACCAUUCCGAGAUUCUUCAUGCAGCAGAGGAUGCGAUGGUAAUAUGUUCCCCAAAGAUAACUAUUACUGCAACAUGAUUCACCAUGCAUCAUAAGCGAGGCGCACAAACCAAUGGCAGGAUUCAUAGAUUUCUUUUGCUUCUUAAUCAAACUGGCACUGCAGUUUCAUGAAAUAUCCUUCUUCAAGAGCAUUCUUGAAGCCAUAGGUACUUUUUUAAGUACUCAAAUGAAUCUCGUUGGCGCUUUCAAGUACCGGAGACAUGUUUCUCCUCGCGCUGCACCAUGGAGACAUACUGAUUUAGUUCGUAUCAGAAAGUAGCUGAAAUAUUUCAGCAUUCUCGUGUGGAAAGCUUUGUUCGAGCUUUUGAGUAGAAACCCAUCCUUUAGAAGUCCUGAAUUCCAUUUGGUAAUUAACAUUUCCUUGUCACGACAUUCUUUAGCUUAUCUGGAAAUGUAUGUUAAGAUUGCAAAUACAUAUAAUCAAGGUUGUAUUUCAAAUUUGUUUUCAUUUGCAGUGUAUGCAAAUGUAAAGCAGUCUCCAUUUUAGUGAACCUGUAUAGCUAAUGAGUCUUUCUCCAUAGAUCAUUCGUGUUGUUUACAUUGAGUUUCAAUGGUGAACAAAAAUUUGAAUGUUUGGUUUAGGUUUGUACAGGACUUCCCCUUUUGUUUCA